CGAGACGUCUGCAAUAUGUCGGACUAUUUGGAAAUAUUUUUAGAUUAAGCUUAGCUUAGUACUCGUGUAUAUAAGUAAUUCAAAGGUUUAUUUUAGUGUAAUCGACAGUAUGAAAGAUAUUUGACAAUCAUUAAUCCGAGAUCGAUAAGAAGAAGAGCUGUGCGUGAUCGGAGAAGGUCUCGGCCGUAUGCUCGGCUCGCGUGGCGGCGGAGUGGGCGAUGCGCGUGAAGGCCGCCGCGACGGGCUGACGGCGCGCGAGCCCCCGCCGCGAGCGCGCGGCUGACGACAUGGAGCAGCUCGUGCAGUGUCCCGUGUGCACCCUCUUCCUCCACAAUGGCAUGUCCCUGGAGUCCCACCUCGACACCCACCCUAAAGACCAAGUUAUCAAGGCCCUGUGCAAUUUAUCUGCUAACAAUGUUGGGUUUGGAAGCCGGACUUCCACACCCGCUCACUCUGAGCGCUCCUACAGGAGCAGGUCAAGGACACCCGCGGAGGACAGCCCUCGCUGGAGCGGCCGCAGCAUCGACAAUGAAAGAUACUGGAGGCGGACCCCCAGCAGGAGCUCCAAGACCCCUGCAUCCAGUAUUGCUAGAAAUGCAACACCAUCAGAUAUUCAAAUGGGUGACAUCAACUUUGAAAAUAAUUCCAAUAACGCAACAUCUAGCCCCUACCCGGCUAUGUCAUUUAUGAAGCCUGACAAAUCUAGCCAGCCCUUCUUGCAGAAUGUGCCGGGGCCGGAAUUUGAUCCACAGUAUGUGUACUACCCGGACCAGCAGGAGGAUAAGGAAAUUAAGUAUUCACGUAGCGCCGAGUAUAGUGCCAUAGACAACACUAGUAAUGUGUUUACAUAUAAUAUGCCAUCUGUGGCCCCAACUGUCAAGCUACAGCCGGCCCUGAUGCCCACAGCUUCCCGUAGGAAUAAUGAUCUUGUGAAAAUACUUCCUAAACCUAAUAAUAUACUUGUUAAGGCUAAUGUGGGAGGAGUGCAAUAUAUUACUCCUGGAGUAAAGCCCAUGCACCUGGUGGUGCCCACUGCACCUUCUUUUGUGCAGAAAAGUGUUCAAAACAAUAUGAUUGUGUCAGGUAGUAUACCCGCCAGCCAGAUCAUGGAGCCCAAAUCUGUAGCGACACCGCUGGCCAGCAGCAGUAGUACAUUCAAUCAGUUGUCAACGGGCACAUUCACUCCGGGUACUACAGUGGUCACCCAGAAUUCUCAGAUCAUUUACAGGGAAAUGGUUCAUAACUUGGACGGGAAGCCGUUCAUUUCCAGCAUGCCCGCAGUGCUCAGUGGCCAUGACAAUGUGACUAAUGUGGCCGCCACUAGCUCUAUGUACCAAAAUGUCAUGGUGGUAGACCCGUUUGGUAACACGUCCUGUAUGUACACCACUCCUCAGCAGAUUCUGUCCAAGCAAUGCACCCCACCAGUCUAUAGUGAAGUGUCCAUGAGUAAUCUUGAGAAAACACUGUCUAAUCCUAGUAAUGAAUCUAACAAAACUUUGAUCAUUGAAGUGGGCCCCAUAGUGGCACCGCAGGUGGAAGUGUGCUCCACCAGCACUAACACAAGCACCUCGCAAGCUUCUCAGACGAUUGCAGAUGUCGCCACUACAUCUGGCCCAGAGAAGCAAGUAGAAAGAAAUGACAUACCCGGAUCCACAAAGGGACUGAAAAUUCUUAGCAACAUUAAGGUGGAAGUCCCAGUACAGCAUCACAAAAAUUUGCUCAAUACCAUUGUAGACCUCACAGGAUCACAGGAGCCUGAAUACACAGAGCGAGCUGCCUCUCCGGAGAGGAUUCUGCCCGAUUUCGAGGACAACCACCACAGCCUGUCCGGGGACUGCUUGCAGCCCACCACUAGUAACGAUAGCAUAGUUUCAAAUACAUUCUCUGUGAUAAAAAACGUCGGAAAUCCUCCCUCGUACAAAGACUCAGUUUCCAAGUCUUCUGUUGUAGAUAAUAAAAUUGAUAACGAAUUUUCCGAUAGCUGCCCCAUGCCCGACCUCAUUUGCAACGAAAAGCCGUCGAUAUCACCAUGCAGCGAGCUGUCAGAGAGUGGGGAUAACUCCACCGAUAGAAUAUCCAUCUCGCCGAAGCCCGAGCCGCCGCCCGUGUCCACCGAACCGCCCGUAGAGACCACAAAACCACCUCCGAAGCCCUCCUUCAGGAGCGCUCCUCUAAGACUGAACAAUAUCUUUGUCAAGAAGCAUAAGAAGAUUUUAGAAAUUAAGAAUUCCAAAAGUUUUACUGUGACGCCAUGCAGCAGUAAAGACCUCCAGAUGGGGCCGUCGUCGCCGGCGCGGCCGCCCGAGAACUUCACCAUGAAUAAGAUUCACAGCCUCGAGAUCAGCAAAGAAGAGAGGACGGAGACCCUGCAGACCAUCACGGUGGAGGUGUGCGCGGAGAACGACAACUCUUGCUCGCAGUCGUUCGACGCGGACACCUCGGAGCAGUCCAUGGAGCUGGAGCCGGUGGCGUGCUCGAGCCUGCGCGACGCCGGCCAGUUGGCCGCCGUGCGCGUCAAGGAGGAGGUCAACUCCAGCAACGAGGGCUUCGGCGAGGAGCGCGCGCUCGCGCUCGCACCCGCGCCCGCGCCCGCGCCGCUCGAGGCCAUGCGCCCCAUCAACGUGAUCGCGUACGGCGCCCUGGCCGACUUCGACGACGACUCCAACCACAAGGAGUUGCUCGAGCUGGAGGCCUCCUCCAAGAACAAGCAGUUCGUGAGCAUGAUGAGCGACAACUACUUCGGGGACAACAUGUACGCGGAGUACUUCACUCCGGAGCGCGAGCGGCAGGCGUUCGAGGCGCGCGAGAAGGACGCGUACCUGUGGGGCGCGGCGCAGCGCGACGGCGAGUUCGUGCUGCCCACCUUCGUGCACGACGGCUACAAGGUGGCGGACGGCGGCGCCGAGUACGCCGAGCUGCGCGAGCGCGGCGCGCCCCAGCCGCACGCGCACGCGCACGCCGACGCCGACGAGCCCUGGACCCCGAUGUACCGCGAGGUGGCGAUGGCGGGCGAGGGCUACGACCUGCUGGCGCGCGAGAGCUGGCUGUCCGACGCGGACGACGACUCCGCCGAGAAGCAGGACUGCCUGGAGACGGCGCCCCGCGCGGUGACGUGCGCGCUGUGCCGCGUGUCGUUCGCGUCGCGCGCCGAGCUGCGCGCGCACCGCCUGCUGGCGCACGCGCACGCGCACACACGCGCACGCCGCCAGCGCGCCCGGCAGCUCGCGCGCCGCCUACCGCCGCUCGCCCAACAUCAAGCAGGAGGACAAGCCCGCAGUCGCACCACGGCUGGAACUACUCAACUGUGCGUGCUCAAACUAAACUGGAAUGAACCUGAAGGCCUGCGGUAUUUCCGGGCCGUUCCAUCCUUCAAACCUUCAAGAAGAGAGCGUACCCAUGUUACGGCUACCUCCGACCCUUCUGAAACGGACACGCUCCUGCUGCCGGACUCCAAAGAAGCGCUGUCGUCGAGCAUCCUGUUCCCCGGCGGGCUGGAGAGCAAGCCCGUGCUGGUGAAGCAGGAGCCGCGCCGGCGCCGCCGCGACCACACGUGCCCCACCUGCAAGGUGGACCAGGGGUCGGAGGCGGCGUUCACGGCGCACCUGAAGAUGCACCCGCUGGAGUGCCUCACGUGCGGCAAGUGCUUCUUCCGCCGCGCCAACCUGGCGCUGCACCUCAAGACGCACCAGGGCAUCAAGAACUUCAAAUGCGAGGUGUGCGAGAAGCGGUUCCUGACGCGGCAGAAGCUGCAGGAGCACCACAACACGCACACCGGUCGCGCGCCCUACAAGUGCACCGUCUGCGACGAGACCUUCCGCCGCUACUCCAACAUGGUGCAGCACAGAGACCGGCACCACCUGCACAAGAAGCGGCUGGUGCGCGACUUCGUGUGCGCGUGCGGCGCCGUGUUCCACUCGCGCGCCAAGCUGCGCUGGCACGCCGAGACGCACGCGCCGCGCCCGCACGCCUGCCCCACGUGCGGCGACAAGUUCCUGCACCAGGCCUCGCUCACGCGCCACGUGCGCCGCGCGCACGACCCCGCCUACACCGACGCGCAGCGUCCGCGCCAGCACAACGUGCCCUGCCCCGUUUGCAAGCAGGUGUACCUGCGCUCCAACCUGCGCGCGCACCUGCUCACGCACUCGGGCAAGCGCCCCUACGUGUGCGUCGUCUGCUCCAAGGCCUUCACCACCAAGUGGAACCUGAAGCUGCACCGCUGGACGCACGCCUCGCGCUCCGCCAAGCCGUACAAGUGCUCGCUGUGCAAGGGCGCCUUCGUGCGCCACUCGGAGUACGUCUCGCACAUGAACGCGCACAAGGCGGUGCGCCCCUACACGUGCAACUACUGCGGCUGCCAGUUCAUCCGCAAGUACAACUGCCAGCGCCACGUGCGCGAGCACGAGACCGCCAAGAAGUACGUGUGCAAGGUGGCCGAGUGCGGCAAGUCCUUCCACCGCUCCUACUACCUCUCCGAGCACAUGAAGGUGCACAGCGGCGCGCGGCCCUUCGCGUGCGGCGUCUGCGGCAAGCUCUCCGGCAACAAGUCCAACCACAACAAGCACGUGCGCAUCCACCACGCGCGCGAGCCCGUCGCCAGCGAGGCCUAGACUAGACCGCGCGCACGACGACCCGCUGCUGUACUGUAAGUUGCGCUAACGGUGGAUACACUCGUGCUCGGGAGGACUGUUUUGAAAUGGAUUUAUUUUCAGCGUUGAUUUUUAAAGAAAUCAUAUCGAUCCGUGACAUUUUUCCGUUGGUUGAUCGGCGAAAUCAUGAUAUGUUUCUUUAAAUUGCAGUCGAGGCAACUUAGUGUCGGAGCAAAAGUCGGUUAUAAACUAACACGCUACUUACUGUUCAUAUUAACUCGAGUCACUAGAAAUGGUCAGCGCUGUAGGUGUAGGGGCAGCACCGGCCGAAAAUUCAACUUCACCCCUUGUUUUCUGACUUAAUAACCCCUACCUGUUAACUACAGC